GUGGUUCAGUUCCCUCGUGAGGCUGGUCCACGGGUUGUGGUCUCACGGAUCCUUAACUCCUCGCCCUCACCAAACGUCUCUGACCCAUUAUGGGCUGGUUUUGAGGACGCGGGGACCGAGGGAGCUCCCCGCUGCCUGCUGCCCUCUAAGCUGUGCCUCAUGGAGUCCACAUUCAGCAGCCCUGCAGAGGCUGCGCUGCAGCGGGAGGUGGGGGCCGCGGGGCUACUCACUCCUCUUUCGGACCUGGACCGAGUAUACGAACUGCAGCGAGUUGUGGGAUUUGUCCGCGACCUGGGGUGUCAACGGGUGGCCUUGCAGUUCCCUGACCAGCUAUUGGGAGAUGCUGGGGUUGUGGCUGCACGACUGGAGGAGACCUCGGGGUCGAAGAUGUUCAUUCUGGGGGACACGGCCUAUGGCAGCUGCUGUGUGGAUGUGCUGGGUGCUGAGCAGGCUGGAGCUCAGGCCCUCGUACAUUUUGGUCCUGCCUGCUUAAGCCCUCCAGCCCGCCUGCUGCCGGUGGCCUUUGUCUUUGGUCAGCGUUCUGUGGCCUUGGAGCUCUGCGCCAAAGCCUUCGAGGCUCAGAACCUAGACCCAACAGCUCCAGUGGUGCUGCUGAGUGAGCCAGCCUGCGCCCAUGCCCUGGAGGCAUUGGCCACUCUGCUGCGCCCACGGUACCUGGACCUUCUCGUCUCCAGCCCAGCUCUCCCCCUGCCGGUGGGCUCCCUCAAUUCAGAGCCUGAGCCCCUGGAGCGUUUUGGGCGUCGCUUUCCCCUUGCACCAGGGAGGUGUCUGGAAGAGUAUGGUGCUUUCUAUGUGGGAGGCUCUGAGGCCAGCUCUGACCCUGACCCUGACCUUGACCCUGACCUGAGCAGGCUGCUCUUGGGUUGGGCGCCAGAACAGCCCUUCUUCUCCUGCUGCCCAGACACUGGGAGGACUCGUGAUGAAAGUGCCCGGGCUGGGCGGCUAAGGGCACGUAGACAAUACCUGGUAGAGAGGGCCAGAGAUGCUCACGUGGUGGGGCUGCUGGUGGGCACCCUGGGGGUGGCCCGACACCUGGAGGCACUGGCGCACUUGCGGAACCUGACACGGGCUGCCGGCAAGCGCAGCUACGUGUUAGCUCUGGGGCGGCCCACACCUCCCAAGCUUGCUAACUUCCCUGAGGUGGACGUCUUUGUGCUGUUGGCCUGUCCUCUUGGUCCCCUGGCUCCCCAGCCUUCUGGUUGUUUCUUCCGGCCUGUAUUGUCACCAUGUGAGCUGGAGGCCGCCUGCAACCCUGCCUGGCCAUCUCCGAGACUGGCUCCCCACCUCACGCACUAUGCAGACUUACUGCCUGGCUCUCCCUUCCACGUGCCUCUCCCACCACCUGAAUCGGAACUGUGGGACACCCCAGAUGUGUCACUCAUUACUGGGGAGCUCCGACCCCCACCUGUCUGGAAGUCAUCAAAUGAUCCUGCAUGCUCCACCCUGACCCCGCGACCUCAGCUGGAGCUGGUUGAGAGCAGCCCAGCAGCCUCGUUCCUUUGUUCCCGGAGCUGGCAAGGGCUGCAGCCUCAACUGGGUCAGACACCAGUGACAGGAGCCGUGAGUGGAAGACGAGGUAUUGCCAUAGCCUAUGAGGAUGAGGGAAGCAGCUGAUGAUACCAUGUCCAUCAGAGACACAGAUGGACUUAAGGACCAUUGCUAACUGUUUCAGUCCUGGGCACUUAGGAGCUGUGGGCUGGGGUGCAAAUAUGGCCAAAUCUAGGAACCACACCGUGUACAACCAGUCCCGAAAGCAGCACAGAAAUGCCAUCAAGAAACCCUGAUCAUAAAGCUAGGAAUCUUUUUUUUUUUAAUGUUUAAAGCUAUUUUAAUUUUGUUCUCUGUACACCACUUCCUAAACUUUUAUUUUUUAUUUUUUAAUUAAUUUAUUUUUUAUUGAUUAUGCCAUUACAGUUGUUCUAUUCCCCCCUUUAUUCCCCUCCACCCUACCUCCCCAUCCCCAUUACCCCCCCUUUAGUUUAUGACCAUGUGUCUCAAGUCCUUUAGAUUCUAUAUUUCCCAUACUAUUCUUGCCCCCCCAUCUAUUUUCUAUCUACUGUCUAUGCUACUUAUUUUCUGUACCUUCUCCCCCCCUUCUCCUCCUCCCACUCUCCUGUUGCUAACCCUCCAUGUGAUCUUCAUUUCUAUGGUUCUGCUCCUGAUCUAGCUGUCCUCUUAGUUUGCUUUUGUUUUAGGUGUGGUUGUUAAUAACUGUGAGUUUGCUGUCCUUUCACUGUUCAUGUUUUUUUAACUUCUUUCUCUUAGAUAAGUCCCUUUAACAUUUCAUAUAAUAAGGGCUUGGUGAUGAUGAACUCCUUGAAUUUGAUCUUAUCUGAGAAGCACUUUAUCUGUCCUUCCAUUCUAAAUGAAAGUUUUGCUGGAUAGAGCAGUCUUGGUUGUAGGUCCUUAGAUUUCAUGACUUGGAAUACCUCUUUCCAGUCCCUUCUUGCCUGUAAGGUCUCUUUUGAGAAAUCCGCUGACAGUCUGAUGGGAACUCCUUUGUAGGUGACUGUCCCCUUAGCUCUUGCUGCUUCUAGGAUUCUCUCCUUCAUUUUAAUCUUGGCUAAUGUAAUUACGAUGUGCCUUGGUGUGUUUCUUCUUGAGUCCAACUUCUUUGGGAUUCUCUGAGCUUCCUGGAUUUCCUGGAAGUCUAUUUCCUUUGCCAGAUUGGGGAAAUUCUCCUUUAUUAUUUGUUCAAAUAAGUUUUCCACUGGUGGCUGUUCCUUUCCCCCUUCUGGUACCCCUAUAAUUCAGAUGUUGGAGCAUUUAAAGAUGUCCUGGAGGUUCCUAAGACUCUCCUCAUUUCUUUGAAUUCUUGCUUCUUCACUCUUUUCUGUUUGGCCAUUAUUUGCUAUCUUCUGGUCCACUCCAUUGAUUUGCGUCCCAGUUUCCUUUACAUCGCUAUUGGUUUCCUGUGCAAUUCCAUUCAUUUCAAUUAGUUUCGCCUUCAUAUGUUUGUCUAAUUUGUGGCUAUAAUCAACCAGUUCUGUGAGGAUCCUGGUCACCAGUGUUUUAAACUGUGCAUCUGAGAGUUUUGCUAUUUCUUUGUUGCUUAGAUUUAUAGGCUCUGGGGCUUUGAGAUCUUCUUGAGCCAUUUUUGGUCUGUUCACGCCCUUUAAGUGUGAGGAAUGGAGCCUUGGACUCCCAGGUCACUGGGUUGUGACACUGUAUGUGGGGGCGUGGUCAGAGCAGGGAAAUGGCGACCCCCUCUGCUGUUUCGCACCGCUGGGUGAGGAGCAGAGCCUUAGGUGGUUCUCCAGGGCCGGGCCACUCAGAGUUGCUUGGUUAUGACGCUGUAUGUGGAGGUGGGAUCAGAGUGGGGAAAUGGCAGCGGAGGGCUCCGCUGCCGCUUGCCGCGGGGACCUGCUGGGGCCCGGUCCAAUUGCCCACUCCCUCGCUUGUCUAUCCACGCACCAAUGCGCGACCACAGUCAACCCACAGCCCUGCUCCCUCACUGUUUCCCCAUGGUCGCUUGCUCAGUCGCUUGCUCAGUCUCUCACUAGGUCCAACCCUGCGCCUGGAUUCCGCGCCCCUGAGUCCGUCAGACCGAGUUUUCCUGUGCAACCCCGCUCCACCAGCUGCUGGUUUCGCCCCUUACCGGUCAGGCUGAAGAAUUUGUUGUUAACAGACUUCCGAAAAGUUCAAUUUUCUGUGUUCUGGUUGUGUUUUCUGUUGCUAAUAUUUAGUUGUCUCUAAACUUGGUUGUGUGAGAAGGCACCGCGUCUGCACCUAUGCCUCCAUCUUGGUGGAAGUCCAGCUAUGAAUCUCUUGGGAGUAAACCCCAAGUUCCGGAUGAACAUGCACUUUGCCAAGAAGCACAAGAAGAAGGGCCUGAAGAUGGUGCAGGUCAACAGUGUCAACCUUGUAAAGCCCAAGGAGGUCAAGCCCACGAUCCCCAAAAAUGAUAAUCACACGCUAAGUCGACUUACCUAUGUCGCUCACUCCAAGCAUGGGAAACAUGCUAGUGCCUCAUUGCCAAGGGUCUCAGGCUCUGCUGGCCAACAUCCAAGGCCAAGGCUCAAACCAAGCCUCAGGUUGUGGCUACAGCUGCAGCUCAGGCUCCUAAAGGUCCCCAAACCCCUACGGAGGCUCCAGUCACAGUAGAGGCCUCUGUCUGCCUAUGUGAGGAUGGAAAGGCCGGAGUGACCCCUUGGCUUUUGUCUGCGUGGAGCUGGUGUCCUUCCAUGCUUUGUACAAAUAAACCUGAGGCAGGAUCUGUCCAAAAGAAGAAUCAUUGCUAAGACCUUUCAGUGCUCCCUGUAGCAAACCUUGCCCCUCUACCAGGAUCUUUGAAAGAGCCUGGCUAUGGGGAGGGCAGACAGCCCCUCACUGGGGAUAGGAUCUGGUUCUGUCUUGUCCUGGCAUAAGGCUCAGCACAUAUUGGCUUAGUGAAUGUCUGUUGGUUGAGGCUUUCCUGAAGCCUCUAGGCUGUAGAUGGUCUAGACAAGGGUUUCUCAACCUUGGUACGACUGACAUUUGGGGCCAGAUAAAUCUUUGUUGUGAGGGGCUGUUCGUACAUUGUAACAUCAUCCCUGGUCUCUGCCCACUAGAUGCCAGUGGCACACCAAUUGUGAUAACCAAAAAUGUCUCCUGGCAUUGACAGAUAUGCCUUGUGGGGGCAUAUCUGUCCCCCACGCUGAGAAGCACUGGUCCACACUUGUGCUGUCCUGUAUGCCAGCCACUAGAUACACGUGGCUAAUAAAUGUAAUUUAACUAAGAUUAAAAACUCAUUUUCCCAAUCACACUAGUCAUAUCUCACUGCUCAGAUAGCCGUAUGAGAGGACAGCACAGCUGUAGACAUUUCUGUCAUCACAGAAAGUCCUGUUAACCACUGCUGGUUGUGACCGACUCUGAUUUGUUUCUCAGGGAGCCCACGGCAACUUGAAUAAACCCGAUGCUUCUGUUUCAUUGUCUUCGCCAAACACUGCAGCUCCCACACAGGUCCUGUGACUGGAGAUUUGAGUUGUUUUUGAUUGGAUUCCUGUCCUCACAAUGUAAUUUGAAGGAGAGGUGGUUAAAUAGGCAAUUACCACACAGUGAAACGUUACUCUCUGUGAGGAGGGAAGCCCAACAGGGGCAGCUGGAGCCCAAAAGAACCUUCCCAGAGGGGUGGUGCCUAAGCUGAACCUCUAGAGAGAGAAAAAAAAAUACCAGAUUGGGCUGGGGUUGGGGGGGGAAGGCAAAAAACUGUACUUGAACAGCAAUAAAAAAAAACGAUGAGGAGAGAAGGCGUGGCAAGGCCGUUGGGACAGAGGCAGCGUGCUGCUUGGACACUGGCGCGGACCAGCAUGGUGGCUGCUUCAAGCAGAGUGAGAACUGAAGUAAAGCAACUCAUUUCUUUUUCUUAAAUUUUUUAUUUAUUGACUUUAAAGAGAGAAAGGAAGGGAGAGAGAAACAGCAAUGUAUUGUUCCCUUCUCUAUGCAUUCACUGGUUGCUUCUUUUACAUGCCCUGACUGAAAAUGAAACCUGCAACCUCGGCAUAUUGGGAUGAUGGUGCUCUAACCAACUGAGCUUUGACCAGGGCCUACAACUUCUUUGUUGUCCAUCUUUUUUGAGAAUCUUGGCAUACUGGCAUUGUUCAGGGUGUUGAAGGAGGAAAUGGACAAGGGGUCAUGGCCCCUACCCUCGGGGAGUGCCCCGUCUACUGGUAGAAAAAGACCUGUGAACCUGACCAUGGUAGCCAUGACAAGGUGGGCACCAGAUAGAUAUUCUACAGACUUUUCUUACAACUGAAAUAGGAAAUCUUCAUUAAAAUGCAAGACACACGCACCAUAAAUACCUGAAGAAAACAAGAUACAACUUUCAAUAUAUUAAAAUGUAUAUUACUCUAUAGCAAACCCAUACAUCAAAAUUGAAAGGGAUGCCUCGGCUGAUGUGGCACAGUGGAUUGAGUGCCAGCCCAAAAACUGAAAGGUCACUGGUUCAAUUCCCAGUCAGGGCACAUGCCUGGGCUAGGGCCAGAUCCCCAGUAGGGGGUGUGCCAGAGGCAAGGGGUAGCUGACCAAUGCAUCUGUCGCAGAUCAAUGUUUUUUGUUUUAAAUAUUUUAUUUACUUAUUUUUAGACAAAGGGGAAAGGAAAGAGAAAGAGGGAGAGAAACAUCAAUGUGUGGUUGCCUUUCAUGUGUCCUCUACUGGGGACCUGGCUUGCAACCCAGGCAUGUGCCCUGACUGGGACUUGAACCGGCGACCGUUUGCUUCACAGGCUCAAUCCACUGAGCUACACCAGCCAGGGCUAGAUCAAUGUUUCUCUUCCUCUCUCUCUCCCUUCCCCUCUCUAAAAAUAAAUAUAACCCUUUUAAAAAAUUGAAAGGGAUCAACCAAUCGAGAAGAUACAUAUUGCAAAUAGUGUAAGCAUCUUUAAAAUAUAUGUAUAGAUGUUUAUACAUCUGAGAAAAGUUAAACAUUGAGUGCAAAAAGCAACAGAGAUGAACAAAGAUAUUUAGAAAAUGGUAAAUUGUGUAAAUAUAUAUUUGUAAAUUCAAAUAUGCUAAAUAAGAUGUGUAUAAGUAGUAAACAUGUAGAAUAUACACACUUUGUAGAUGAAAAUUUUGUCAACUGGAAAGAAUUUAAAAGAAUAGAAAUAAUAUUGCUGAUGAGUAUGUUAUUUUGUGUAAAUCUAA